UAUAAAACCUCGGCGUUCAUGGGAUCAGCGGGGCACAGAAGUAAGCGUAGCUAAUUCGAAUUCGACUGGUCCCUUACAGAGUUGACGGCAUGGCUUGUUUCGACGGAUGCCACUGCAUAAGCGAAAGGAGGCAAAGCAGCAUCCUGUAUAGUAUUCUGAAGAACGACAUCCAGUCCGCUCAGAACUCGCAGCAAAGGAUCCAGAGAGUCGCUGUGUCGGUACAAGCUUGUACAUGUGGAUCUAAGAAAAAGGUUGCGCUUCGGUCCCCGCAAACCACCUGCAAAGCCGCUUCUGCGGUGCUCGUAAAGACUCUCAAGUUUGUCAAGAAUGUGCCCUGCUUUCGGGAGCUCCCUGUGGAGGACCAGCACGUUCUAGUGAGAAGCAGCUGGGCUCCGUUACUGGUCCUCGGUAUGGCGCAGGACAGGAUUUCUUUCGAGACCACCGAAACGCCCGAACUCAGCAUGUUGCAGAGGAUUUUAACCAGCGGCCCGGACAAAACGGAUAACCCGUCAGAGUGUAGUGCGCCAGGCGUGUCUAUCGUUGAUGUGCAGGGUAUCAAAUUGUUCCUCAGUAAAUGCUGGAGUCUCGAUAUAAGCACAAAGGAGUAUGCCUAUCUGAAAGGAGCCAUCCUCUUCAAUCCAGAUGUCGAGGGGCUGCAGUGUCAACAUUACAUCCAGGGGCUGCAGAGCGAAGCGCAUCAAGCACUAAAUGAAUAUGUCAAAAUGAUUCACCGAGGGGACUCCACGAGGUUUGCCAAACUCUUCAUCGCACUCUCCAUGCUUCGGUCCAUCAACGCAAACGUCGUUGCAGGGCUCUUCUUUAAACCGGUCAUAGGAGCAGUCAACAUGGAAGAACUUCUACUGGAAAUGUUUUAUGGAAAACAACCUGAGAAGGACGACUAGGACGAUGAACGAGCUUCACUGGACACAGUCUGACUGAACUCAAUGAGUAGUAGCCAAGUGACAGAAAUACGCGCCAAAUAACUUAUUGCUUUUUACAUAUAGCCUACUAUUUUUGUAUAAUAAAACAUAUUUGCUGAA